CCUUUAGCAGCUGUCAUGUAGAGUCUCUGGAGAAAUGACCUCAGCUCGGGUAGGAACUCUUAAGAUCUCAGUUAUAUUGCUUUGCUCCUGGAUCCUAAGGAUUUGGGGUGGGAGACGCCCAAGAAGCAAAAGGAAUCUUCUGCUGCUUUGCACUGCAUGUGUUCUCUAUGGGAUUUUUAUAAUAACCAAAGUGGUUUAUUUUGAGCCUCAGAACAAGAAUCUGUCCCCCAAAGGGCUCUAUGAUGCUGUCACUAGACAACCUAGUAGAACCUAUUUGGAGCAGGACACCAUCUACAGGGGAAGUGAGAACCCAGAUGGGGGCGCUCUGAGCAGUUCUCCAUCAACCUUGAAACCCAAUGUAGUCUACAUCACCCUGAGGUCUAAGAGGAGCAAACCAGCCAAUAUAAGAGGAACAGUGAAACCCAAGAAGAGGAGGAAAUACCCUACCCAGGUUCUGUAUGAGCACAGCCAAGGAAUCUUUCAGGGCUUCAAAAGAAAAGAUGGGCACAACUGGUUUGCGCAACGAGAGGAAGGUGCUGAUGAACAUGAAACCAGGGAUAAAGGAAUUAUUCUGCUGCCUGAGCCAAGGAUGGAAAGUAGAAAACAGAGUAACAUCAGAAUCUACAGUGACAGUGCACCUCCUUGGUUCAGUGCAGAAGACAUUAGGGCAAUACGUUUUCUAGCAGACACCAGGAUACAUCGAAUUAAGCAGAUGCCUUCAAGUGACGGUGAUUUGAUCUUAUUUGAAAAUCCUUUACAGAAGAUGACGUUUUCGAUAGACCCCAACGCUACUUGCCAGGGAAUGUGUGGUCUUAUUAAAAGACCUCUAGACAUGAGCGAAGUAUUUGCCUUCCACUUGGAUCGGAUCCUGGGGCUUAACAGGACGCUGCCAUCUGUCAUCAGAAAGUUUGAGUUCGCCCAAGAUGGUCUCCCAUGUCCUGUUAUUCUGUGGGACUCCUCAUUAUCUCCGACAGACAACACCACUCAAUCCUCUACCAAGCUGAAGUGGGGAACCUACCAGAUGAUUCUAAAACAGAACUGCUGGUUAAAUGGCAAAGUCCCCAAACCAGAAUCAGGCUGCACAGAAAUCCAUCAUCAUGAAUGGUCAAAGAUGGCACUUCUUGAUUUUCUUCUUCAGGUAUAUACUCGACUUGACAAAAACUGCUGUGGUUUCAGGCCCCGAAAGGAGGAUUCCUGUGUGAAACAAGGCCUCAACCUGAAAUGUGAUGAUCCUGGGAGUAUUGAUCUGAUGCACAUCAUACAGAGGAAUCAUGAUCCAAGGCACUUGGUGUUCAUUAGUAAUAAAGGCUAUUUCGACAGAAGUGAAGAUAAUUUGGAUUUUAAAUUGUUGGAUGGAAUAAAAGAAUUCCCAGAGUCUGCUGUCUCUAUUCUAAGAAGCCAAAAGUUACGAGAAAAACUCCUCCAAUCAUUCUUCUUGGACAAGGUCUUCUGGGAAAGUCAAAGAGGACGUCAAGGGAUUGAAAAACUAAUUGAUGUUAUAGAAAGAAGAGCCAAAAUCUUGUUGACUUACAUUAAUGCCCACGGUAUUAAAGUCAUAUCUAUGAAAGACUAAAGAAUCUUGAAACCAUAGCCAGAUUUACUUGAACCAGCAUAGUGGGAAAUUAAAGACGGUCUUUUGUUGUGAUUGUGCAAAAUCCUAAGGCCAGUCUUAUAGGUGAAGUUGUAUUUAUAUUUUUUAUGUUGCUUGACAAUGGAGGUUGUUAUCAUUUAUUUUCAAUGUCAUCAAUUUAUGCAACAACUUCGGUGUAAUAGUUGUGGCAAUAUUUAGUGUCAGUGUUUACCUUAUGGAAGCUGAGGUGUAUAACAGUGUCAAUGC